GAAAGGGGGAAAGUUGAUGCAAUGGCGACGUUGCAGGCGGUUUUGGGCAACUUAACGGCAACUGAACGGGGAAUCUUGACUACCAUUAACACCGGUGCCUCCAGCCUCUCCCUCGUCGGCUCCGGCUUCAUAGUCCUCUGCUACUUACUCUUCAAAGAGCUCCGCAAGUUUUCAUUCAAACUUGUCUUCUUCCUAGCACUCUCCCAUUUUUGCUUAUCUUGCUGCUGGAAUUCUGCUAAGAACAACCUCUUUGGAUUUUCUGACUGGCUUGUCUGCGAAAUGCAGAAUGUGAAAGUAAUGUUUUGUUUCUGGUGCAGGACAUGUUCUGUAGUUUCUUCGGCAUCAUUGGGGAUCCUUCUAAAGGGUACUUUUGUUAUGCUCAGGGCUACACAACACAUUUUUUCUGUGUUGCUUCUUUUCUAUGGACAACAACAAUUGCUUUCACUCUACACCGAACAGUUGUUAGACAUAAAACUGAUGUAGAGGAUCUAGAGCCAAUGUUUCAUUUGUAUGUCUGGGGAACUUCAGUUGUUAUGACAGUAAUUCGCUCGAUUGGUAAUGACCACAGUCACAUGUCCCGUAUAGGUCCAUGGUGUUUGUCACGAACAGGACGUACAGGAAAGGUGGUUCACUUUAUAACAUUUUAUGCACCUCUGUGGGGUGCAAUUCUCUUUAAUGCUAUCACCUAUUUUCAAGUGAUACGCAUGUUAAAAAAUGCCACUCGGAUGGCAGCUGGAAUGUCAGAUCGAGCAUACCAAUCAGAUGUACGACCAGAUAUGAAGGCCUUGAAUCGAUGGGGUUACUAUCCACUUAUUCUGAUUGGAUCCUGGUUUUUUGGCACAAUCAACCGUAUACAUGACUUCAUUGAACCAGGUCAUAAAAUCUUCUGGCUUUCAGUUCUUGAUGUUGGCAUGGCUGCGCUUAUGGGCCUUUUCAACUCGAUUGCAUAUGGUCUCAACUCUUCAGUGCGGAGGGCCAUCUAUGAACGAUUGGAUCUGUUACCAGAAAGUUUUAGAAGAUUUCCCAAGGGUUUGAGGUUAAGAGACCAGCAGCAAGAGAGUGAACUCGUAUCGUUGAAAACCGAGGAACCGCGAUAGCAGUUGAAUUAUUGACCUGUAUGUGCACUUAUUUGAAGUAAGAUUUCUAUUCUUUUUUGACUACAGCUGACCACGCUUUAGAGAAGAACCCUGUCGGCAUUCUUUCAUCAGCAACAAUCAUUGACUAGUGAAUGCGAAGCUGCUUUUGCACAUUUGAUGAACUAAUGCGAUGUGCUGUACCCUGACACCCUGAACUAACGAGAGCAUGAUGCGAUGUGCUGUACCCUAACACCCUGAACAAUCUUGUGAAUUGUUUUGUGUAUUGCUCCGAGUCAAUUAAUUGCCUGUAAAAUUAUUGAUAUUAUAUUGGUAUUUGCAUGUAUUUCUGGAAAUGGUUUCUGAUUUCUAAUGUGAUAUUCUUUUCUCAUUAAA